ACUGAGGUGUAAUUUCAGCGUCACUGCCUCGCAAGGUGCAGCCUUUAGUGUGACUCCUGUGCGGCUCUAAGACCCCCUGACAUCUUCACACCAGUAGUAAUUUAUUAAAACGCAAAGCGGACAUAUACCCCCCUUUUUCCUCCCUGACGGACCUCGGUGGAGACCCUAGCGAAGCCUGAAGAGCGCCUCCCUGUCUCAGCUUCCCGAUGGGGGAAUCAGGUUCACGCCGUUCCACACUGGUUUCACGCCUGCCAAUCUUCCGCCGCAGUUCCAGCAAGCGGCAGGAGUCUCUCCCUUCCUCCCCCUCCUCGGGUGGAGUGGGUAAUGGCGUUCACACCUCCUCGCCCUCCAGCACAAACUCCAGCUCGGGCAGUACUGGCAAACGCCGCAGCCUGUUUCGGGCGCCGUCUCUUGGUUUCUCGGCUAAAAGGAACAGCGACCCAAGGGUCCAGCCCAUCAAUCUGAACCUCACGCCUCCCCUGACGCAGACAACUGAUGCAAACGGAAACGACCAGCAGACGGUUACUGCAUCGACAGGAUUCGGUGAGGGUGGCAGGCGUUCAAAGUCACGUCACUCAUUUGGGUUUGGGAGCCACAAGCAAAAGAAAAUCCCACGCUCGCAGACUGAGGACUUUGACAAGGCCUCGUCAUCCUCUUCCUCGGCCAAUCGAAAUGUGUUCAUCAACUGCAUCAGCAGCUCUGGAACCAAUGAAGGUGAUGACUCUGGCUUCCUUGAAGACUUCAGUGGGGCCAGUAACAGCAGCAAACGCUCCUCGCGCCAGAAGAAGCAGCUACUGCCAAAAUCUUUCUCAGCUCACUACCGCUUCUCUCGCACAUCUGAUCACCACAGACCUCCAGAAGUCAACCUAGAACCUCCAAGCUCCACUACCGUCACUCCGGAGCCCGGAGGGCUCACCCCUGGGUCAUGGCCUGGAGAACUGACAGGAGGAGGUGGCGAGAGCUCACUUCAGUCUCCAAUGAUAUCUGAAGAUCGAACCACAGCCAUCACUCCCUCAGAGUUCAUUCCCAUAACAGAGGAUUCCGUGUCUGAAGGGGAAGUACUUCCAGCUCCCAGUCCUGGAUCCGGUUUAAACUCAGGCUCUGCUUGUAUUUCUGACCCAGCUGGUGAUGCUGCUCCGCCCGACCCUCCUGCUGCACCCGAGAAUAUCAGCGUGGCAGUCUCAGCUUCUCAGGUUUUCUUCACCCCAGUCCAGUCCAGUGCGGAGAAACCUUUACUCCCUGACACUAGCACAGCCAACAACACAGACUACGAAACGGCAGUUUCCCUUUCCGAGCCAGAGACGGCCGUACCCUGUCCACCUCUGCGGGAACAAUCGCUGGAAGAGUGGAAGGAGAGGGAAGAGGAAAGACAGGAGGCGAUAAAAGAAGAAUCAGCUGAAGAGAGGAAGGACGUGGCAGUGGAGAGGAAUGCAGGGUACCACACUGAGACCACAAGUGAGAGCGAGGUGUGUGGGGCGCGCAGCGAGGGCUGCCACUCAAACCCUGAGAAAACACAUCGGAGGGCGAGACACACGCGCUCUCUUCAAGAAAAAGGAAGCUUCUGCGGCUGCCACGAACCCAGGUCCUCUCAUUUGAGGAAACCACACGCAGCUUCUGUGUGCAGCAGUGCCAGCCCUUACCACGAGGUGAUGCGGAUGGAGAGGCGACUGCGCUCCUCAUCUGAGGGGGCUGGUGGGCCUCGUGUCCAUGGAAACUACAGAGAUGCCCAAGGCAUGGAGGGAAAUGGUCUGCUCAAACACAGAAACAACUCCUCAUCAUCUAAACUUGGAAGCCUGGAUGUGCUGAACAAUCUGGGCUCCUCAGAACUGGAUGAAGAUGAUCUCAUGUUAGAUCUGGACCUCUCAGAUGAUCAGAGGCAUCGACAUGUGUCGAGAGAAGACUCGAGCCAGUCCCUGACAUCCUGCCCGAACUUGCUUCCUUCCCCUUUGGAUCCACCAGCAGAUCGCUUUGCAGGGAGAGAAAACAUUCAGAGGGAACUCAGCCGACCAACCAGCCUGCUGCCCGCUGAAUGCAGCGUGGGGUCCGGUUUAGGGAGGGAAGAAGAACCUCUACCUCCCGGGCCAGAGAGCCUUCCGCUCCGACUGAUGCAGCAGGAAUGCACAGCAGUCAAAACCCUGCUUUUAAGACUGAGACGGACAUUACAGGAGAGCGCAGAGACGAGUCCAGCCAGCAGCAUUCAGUCUCUACCCAUCAGUCCUUGCAGUGAGAAGUCGCUUCCAUUAAAGUAGGCUGACAGAGAGGGGGAGAGACAUAUGGGAAAGGACCACAGGCCGGACUGGAACUCGGGUCCCUGCGUCAAGGACUAACGCCUCCGUACAUGGGUCGGGUUCCCUAACCACUGCGCCACCAAAUUCCCUAGUUCAGCUAAUUCAAACAGUAAAUAUUUUAGGGAGUUAUUUGUUUGAUUUAGUUUUAUUUUUCCUACCAAGACAUGGAUGGCUGAGAAUCUACACCAACAUAUCGAAGCUUUUAUUCAUUUACUUUGUUAAAUCCAGGUGGUGAUGUUUUUGGACAGGCAGCAUAUCCUUUCUAAUACAUGUAUUUGAUGUCUGUAUUUCAAAGUCAAAGAGAUUGAAACAUAUGGUGUUGUGAUUAUUUUUUUCAUGCACUGUUAUACCGAAGGCUUGCUAACAUUACUGAAAAAAAGCAUUCAUUCCUUCUGCUCUUUAUGUAAACCAGCGUAAAAAAAAAAUAUAUA